AUGACUUCCCUUCAGGCCUGCUUCCCUGCUGUCCAGCCAAGAGAGGACCUGAUUCUAAUUCUGCGCUUCUACCACCUGCCCACUGAUGGUGCUGAGCUCCACAGAAGCCUCCUGCGGCAGAAGGAGGUGGCGCCCUGGGAGACUGCUGUGCUGGCGGGAAACCUCAGCAAACAUGAGGAGUGUGUCGUAGCCUGGGGGGCCAUCAGACUCACUAGGUCCACAUCCCAGGGAUCCAGAAGAGAUGAGAGGGCGAGCCUCUGGAAUACAGGCACUCACCUGGUGCCACUCUACUGCACACCUGUCCCUCCUGUCAUCUCUCUCAGCCCACUGGCGGAUGAGUGCCUGGUGAAGAAUUUCAAGCCUUACAGUGUUGCUGAGAUUCGACUGCACAUCUACAGUGGACAGGCCACUCCAUUCCCUCUCCCUCCUGAGUCACCAGUUCCUAGUGCUGACCAAAACCCACCCACACUGGGCUGUGAGGCAGGUUUCAGUGAGAGAGUGAGACCUCCAGUGCAGCCCUUCUGCCAAGGCAAUGUGGUCAUCCUGCACAUAGACGGUGCCCGCUUCCUUCCAGACUGUUCCACCAUCAGUAGGGUCAUGGGUGGAGUCUUUGACCACCAUUACAACCAAGUCGGUCCUGACAUAGCUACAGGGGUUGACUUGGACAGCAACAUCUUCGAGCCCUUCUACAACUUUCGGCUGGAGCUACGAUGCCCAACUCUUCCAACUUCUUCUACCGUUUUACUGAAGGUUUACACAGUGGAUAAGUUUAGCCUGAAAACUGUGACCAUUGGCUGGGCAGCUCUCGGACUGUUUGUGGAGUCUGGCAGUGAAACACAAGCCGGUAUAGACACCAGUCCACAGCAGGUGUGUCUGAAUGAGGGGGCCCACCAGCUCAGGCUGUACCACCAGUGUCCAGCGACAGGCACUCCUCUCUCCUCACAGGCCUUGGCCCUCUCCAGCAGGGUUGUUCCCUGUGCCAGUGUGCUGGUGAGGGUGUCCAGUGCUCCGUCUGAAGGAGUUGGUCCUACAGAGCCCCAGAGCCAGCAGCCACAGCAGCUCUCCCCCAAGCUGAGCCCCUCUGACAGGGUGUUCUACUCCAGCUCUGCACGACUGACUCCUGGAGAAACACGGCUACUUGCUGCCAUGAUGCACAGGUCAUUUGUUAGUGUCCGAGAGACGGCCCUCUUUAUCGCUGGGGACUCAUGGGGUCCGGACACAAAAUCAGAACUGGAGAUUGGUGAUUGGAUAUUACAGAAACUGAGCCAUGUGAACUACACUUGGCCACAGCCGUUUAAUCUGAACCUAGUGUCUCACUACUCUCGUUCAGAUGGCUUCAAAGUCUGUGUGGAGAGUGCUCUGAACCUGCCCUGGUGUGCCUUCCCAAUGGGGAUAUGCACUCUUUGCCCUCCUGCUGCUGUUUACCAGGGUCCUCCCUGGCUUGCCCAUGACCGUCCCAACUUUAUCCAGUGCCUGGUUCUUAACAGCAGCUACAGUGCCCCCCAGUGGUCAGAUGGAUACAUGUCUUUCCAUCAGCGAGUGUACCACAAGUAUAUGACAGCCAUCAUCCACCUCUAUGCUGUGUCUGUGGUUCCUAUUGAGGCAUCUGAACACAUGCACGACAGCAAUGGCAAUCAGAAAAUUUAAUUUAGUCUGAAACUUGGCCAGCAGUGUUGGACCGCUGUGCCCACCUUCACUCACGGAUACUGCAAUACAGGCCGCUACCAGCUGCCUCUUUUCACUGGUACACCAUCACAGAAAGUGCUUAGUGCAUUAAGAAAUGGAAAAUGCAAACAUGUUCUGAAGGGUUUGCUGCACAAUAAUGAGGUGCAGCUGCUCUCAGGAGCCAGUGUGUUUGUGAGGGUGGCCGAUGGGCGCAGACACCAAGAGUUGGAACAACCAGCAGCAAAGGAUGCACAAAGAUCUUUCCUGCACUUCCUAAAAGCAGAAGACCCACUGAAGCUAACGUCCACUCCUCCCCUCCAUCAGCUCAUACCAGAGAGCCUCCGAAGCCAAUCAGAGGUCUUCUCCAGGCAACUGGCUACACAGUUCAAACAGGUAGUGCACCAAGACCUGGGAUACCAGUCCCUGAACAGGGAAGCGCUCAAGCCAAUGGGUCCAGUCAGUGAUGGACUGCUUUUCAAGGUUUAGAGAAAAAAUGUCCAAGAUGAUAACUUCAGCAGUGUGUAGGUUUAGUU